AGUUUCUAAUAACUUACGAGCUAAAAUUUUGUGUUUCUGAGAAAGUGCAACGUUUAUUAAUGUUUCGCUAUUAGUAUUACGGGCAUUGAGAAUCGCUGUAUAUUUUUCAACAUCAAGUCUUCGUAGUUUAAUAACAAGUCGUAAUUGAAGUGGAAUAAUUUAAUAAAAAAAAAAAUAAACAAUUAUUUAUGAGAUACGUACCGACGAAUAAACUAAAAAUGAUUGGACUAAAUGAUAGUCCCCAGUAAUUUAUCAUUUAUAUAUAUUUAAUUAAACAGUAAUUAACUUUAUUACUUCAUCACAAUUUUAUCCAAAUGUUGCAGUUUGUCAUACGCCGUCAAUUAAUUAACAUAAAGUCUCAGUGGAGUUACGAAAGUGUAAGGUCAAUAGCAGAAGUUAAAUAUUUACCGCCGAUAAAAGUAACAGUUAAUCAAGUAACUAAACUAAUGGAGUACUUACCUCCGCGGGCAAAACAUUGGUUCAUUGGUGGUGAUAGAUCUCUAGCCGUGGGAAUUAAACUACUGAAAGAGAAAAAAGUAAUAGCUGUACCUACAGACACGAUAUAUGGUCUAGCAGCAUUGGCACAAGACACCGAGUGUGUUGAAAAAUUAUAUGAAAUAAAAGGACGGGAUAAAAGCAAACCGUUUGCGAUUGCGGUCAACAGUAUCACUGAUAUAAAAUAUUGGGGUGAAGUAGAGCAUAUACCAGCUAAUCUUUUACUGGCAUUAUUACCAGGACAAGUCACUAUUGUUAUAAAACGUAAGCCUACGUUGAAUCCAAAACUUAAUCCCGGGAUAGAUACUAUUGGAGUCCGUGUUACGGACAGUAAAUUUGUACGUAGUCUUGCUAAAAUAUUGAAUGCACCUUUGGCGUUAACGAGCGCUAAUCGUAGUAAUGAGAAGAGUAGUCUUACUGCUGAAGAAUUUUCUGAGUUAUGGCCAUCAAUUGAUGGAAUUUUUUAUACGAUACCUGAUAAGCGUAAACUUGAUGAAAAGUAUCGGGCUGGUUCGACAAUUGUUGAUUUAACUGUCCCGAAUAAAUAUAAAAUUAUACGUCCUGGUAUUGUUCUUCAUCGUGUUCGUAGAUUUUUACAUCUUUAUGGAUAUACUCCGAUGGAAUCUUAAUUUUUAUUUUUUUUUAUUUAUUCAAAUUGUGAUACUGAACACUAAUUUUUUUUCGCUAAUUGUACUUUUUAUCUUGAAGUAUAAAAAUUAAUUUUGAAGUUUUUUUAUAUGCCCUUAUGAUUCUAGGGAUGGAAUUUCAAUUUAUGUAUAUAGAGCCAGUGUAAACUAACAAUUAUCGAAUCUUGUUAAUUAUAGUCUAAUAUUAUGAAUUAAUUGAUGACAAUAAUGGAAAUUAAAUUUAAAAUUAUUUUAUUUAUCAAUUAUUAAUAAUUUAAGUGAUUUUUCAUUUUGUUAAAAAAUUUUUUUAAAUUCUAUAAAUAAUUUUAGGAAUUUACAAGUAAACUUAUAAUUUUACAAUAAAAUAUUGUAUAUAUUUAGAGAAAAUAAAUUUAACUAAAUAUUAAAUAAAUAUGUCGACGUACUUAAAAUAAGUAUGUUCAUAAAUUAAACAAAUAUUUAUCUUAAGUUACAUUUGUAUAAAUUAAAAUAAAUAUUCGAUAUUUAUUCCUGAGAUUCAUAAGCACAUUUAUCAUUUGUAAUUGACUUUAUAAUAUUAUAUAGAAAGUUGAAAUUACAUGUAACAAAUAAUUCAAUUACAUAAUAUUACUAUAAUAUUAAAUAAUAUUAUUGUAUUAGUAAUUGGCAACAUUGAUCGUAAGUUAUUAUUUUAAAUUGGCGCCUAAAAAAAUUAUUGAAAGAACAUUAAUGACCAUUUUAGUUAAUUAGUUGGUUUAAUUAAUUAAUUAAUUGGUUUUAUGACCGACAUUGCCAUUGGAAGAUUGUAAGCCAUUUAAAAUACCAUUGCACUCAGUCUCAUGUAAUUGUACGCUGUGGCCCAUUUGUCUGCCGAGUAAUUUAAAAGGUGAAAUCUGUAAACAUUAAUUUAUAAAUAUUAAUAAUUUAAUAAUUAUUUAAAUGGUUAAAUGUGAACUACAAACUUUUUUCGACAUAAAACUUUGGAUAUCAUGUCCCAUAAAAAAAGCAAUUCGUUGUAACGCGAAUAGCGAUCGUAACCGAGCUCUAGGAUCUGGUUGGAGUAAUUUUUUUAAAAGAUCUUCAGCACCUUUUGAAAUUUCUACAUCUUCUGGUAAUGCUCCUGGAGUUAUUGAUCUACCGUUAUCUUCUAUACUCUUUUCAGUUAAUGUGAUUGGAAA